GCAAUGGACGACGACGAGCUAGAGCUAGAAGCGGCCCGAGCAGCAGCGGCAAAGUACCAGGCAGCACAAGCACAGGCACGUCACGAGUUGCUUCAGCAAGCAGAGCUAAUGAUCCAGCAGGCACAGAAGGACGGAGCCAACCGAGCAGCCAAAGAGGUACAACUGGAGCUGGACCAAGAAGCCGAACAGCAGCUACGUGAGCGAGCAUCUCACGCAGCAGUCGAAGCAGACGAGCACCGGGUGACUGCCGAGCGCCUGGCUCGGGAAGCAGAGGAAGCACGGCAAGCAUAUUUGGAUGCAACCAAGAAAGCAGAGGCAGCAAUAAAAGCUCGAGUCGACAAGACUUUGGAGGUGGAGCAAGCACAACAGGAGGCAGCCGAGAGAGCGCCAAAGAGAGUGCAGGUUGACAAAACAGCGCAGCAGGCGCCGCCAGACCACCCUGUACGUACUUGCCUAGGUACCGCCGCUCCCACAGCAGAACAGCCACCAGCCCAACCUUUGCAGGACCUUAUCCGAAGCCUUUCGAGCGAUCAGUCGGCGAUCGAAGCGAUCGCAAGGCUACUUAGUGAGAUCCAAACCGCAAGUGGCCCCGCCACCCCCUCGCCGACUUCGCCAGCUGCUUUGAGUCCGCCCCCACCAAAAGCCGGCGCCCCGGCGGACCCCAACACCGCUCCUGCUGCAAUUCCAGCAAUUGCUGCACCCCCGGCACCCGUUACAGCACCACCGGCACCGAAAACCGAUUCUUUGCCUGUGAGAUGCAACUCUAGUACCCACCCGGGCGAGUACAAGAACUUCAUUCGGUUCUGUGAAAGGAACGAACAUGCCAGCGAACUCAAAACCGCCUAUGAGAGCCUUUGA